AAAUCCUCAGCGCAUAACAGUUGCGGUGUUGGAGGGAAAAAAUCACGGAAGGAUCGUUCAAGUAUGAAACAUGGCAACUGGUCAACUGAUGAUGAAUCAUCAAAAGGCGGUAGCACCAAUUCAUUUUCAACGAAUACGACCGGUUCACAACAUCCGGCGAUCGGCGGUGCACAAAAAGGAAAACGUGGUCGUAAGAAGGGUUGGCGGAAAGGAAAGAAUGAGAAAGAUUCAUCAAAAGAUCACUAUGCAUCGGUUCGUGCAAAGGGCGGUGCGAUGAAUAACGACAUCGUGUCGUACGGUACCGAUCGGACAUUUACACUUGAUGAACGUCGCCAUAUAGCGUCUGCAACGUACCGUGCAUGUACAAGACGUAACGCUCCAGUUGAAAAAAUAAAGGAGGAUCCAAAACAAUGCUUUGGUCCAGGCUGCACGAAAGCGUCUCGCUUCAACUCAAAAUAUUGCUCAGAUGAGUGUGGAAUGCGACUUGCGAGGAAGCGAUUAGAGAUGGUUCUUCCGGGUCGCGUUUCGGAUUUCUAUGAUCAAUUACCGAAUGCAACUGCCAGAUCGAUGAGACUGCGAGCAGCACUUGAGCAACGAAUUCAACAGCUUUCGAACGAAACACGAAUACUGGCAUCCUACCGGGCCGAGGUGCAUCGUUGGAUUUCGCUAUGUAGUUUUGCUUUCCUUCAGACAAUAACAGACUAUGAACCGGUUGAAGAGGAUGAUGAUAAAGGCUCUUCAGAUACAGAUUUUAUGAAACAAGUCAUCUUCUUGAUAGAAACAUAUGGAUGA